ACAGGUGUACUUGGCAAAUGUACACAAACAACCCCACACGAUGCUGCUAGUGUUCUGCUUUGCAUUUUUUAGGCUUUGGGAAUAUAAAAGGUCCACGCUCAUGUGUUGUUGGGCAUGAAUGGAUUGUGUGCCAGAGAGUGCAACUUGUGCAGAACGACCGCCUGUUUCAAGCUGACUGUCCUUCUGCCUGUAACCAGAGAACUGGAAGCACGCACCUGGAUCAGUCAACAUGCAAAACAAAGGAGUACACAAGUACUUGUGCCUUUUGAUCUGCAUUCUACAGGUCAACUUUUCAGGAGCUCAAUAUGUCCUGAGUGUAACCCCUACAGUGGGCAGUACAAAUGGAGCGACACGUCUGACCAUUCAGGGAAAUGGUUUUGCCCAGCAGAGUCAGUUCAGUUUUGAUGCCAGCAACCCAGACAUUGGCAACACUGUGACUUUGGUGUCCAGCACUAGAUCAUUCCCCUGUGACGUAGAAAAAGACGCCACCGUUUCCACCAAAAUCACAUGCUACACUAGACCAAUGCCUGAAGAUAACUACAUGCUCGCUGUCAAAGUGGAUGGUGUUCCCAUUCCCACUAGUGGAAUGUGCAGUGGAUAUCCAUGGAUUUAUUCGUGUAUGUUCUAUACUCGUUCGUACUAUACACCUUCCAUCCAAUAUAUCACCCCUCGAUCUGGUCUUCCAGGCACUAUAGUUACUCUCCAGGGAAGAAUUUUUACUGAUGUCUAUGGCAGCAACACAGCAACAAGCUCCAAUGGGCGUAAUGUGCGAUUUCUAAGAGCAUAUAUGGGUGGAAUGCCAUGUAAUCUUUUGAUACCUAACUCAGACACACUGUAUGGCUUGACUUUGGAUUAUAGCAGCAGUGACUGGGGAUACAUGAGCUGUAAAGUGACAGGAACGUAUGUGGGACAUCACAACCUCAGCUACAUUCUGGACAGUGAAUAUGGAAGGAGCUUGCCAGACUUCGGGGUCUACUUUGUGUCGGCACUGAAUAAGCUUGCAAUGUUCCAAACAUAUGCAGAGGUUACUGGAGUGUACCCUUCUCAGGGUAGUAUGCUGGGCGGCACCUUGCUCACAAUUCGGGGGAAAUACUUUGAUCAGACAGACGGUCCGGCGAUGGUUUUAGUGGGAGGUCAGGAGUGUACUGUAAAGACUGUAAGAGAUGAAGCGAUUGUUUGUGCAACGCCAGCAUAUGAAUGGAGCAACAUGACACUGUUUCCAGGUGGCAGGGGGUUGAAAAUGGAGAUAUGGAAUGAAACUAUACCACAGCGUUUAGAGGAGGCUCUAAGCUAUAACUCCAGGCGGCCGGGGUACUCAGUCCAGUGGGUGGACUCCUUGUCCUAUGUGUGGCCCUUAGAAUUGGACUAUUUUGUGGCUCGACUCAGCGGCUUUUUUGUUCCCAUGGAGACUGACAACUACUAUUUCAGAGUUAAAGCCGAUGACAGAAUUCAGCUGUAUUUCAGUAAAACUGGCCAGCCAGAAGAUAAGGUCAUGAUUGCAUAUACUACAUAUUGGACCAACAGUUUCUACAGCAGUCCAACACAGAAGUCUGAAGUCAUGAGGCUGGAGAGGGGAAAGCCGUAUUACAUUGAGGUCCUGCAUCAAGAUUAUUCAGGUGUUGCCUCAAUAGAUGUGGGAUUUUACAAAGAGAGAAGCACUUUUACUGCUCGGCAGACUGUAGAUGCUGUCAGUGAGAUCCAAGUUAUAACUGCCAGCUAUGAUGUUCUGGAUGAGAUUCAGAUGAUUGCUUUUAAUGGCUGGAGCGCGGUUACCCCAGUCCAGGAGGUGCAAACAGUGACUAUAAGCAGUAACUGCUUUUCUCUGGGCACCUGUGACUAUGCCUCUUAUGGUCUUGUCUACGGAGCAGCUAGAACAGGGCCGAUCCCUGUCAGUGCACCUGCUCAGGUGUUACAGGACGAACUGAAUGCUCUUUGGUCCAUUAAACCAGACACAGUCAUUGUCACAAUGCAGCAGGUGGAUGAACAGUCAGAGUACACCAUCACUUUCAAUUCAACCAGAGGUGACUUUCAGGAUCUUCAGUACUGGACAAAUGGAGCAAGUGUGAACAUCACCAUUAUGGAGACGACUAAAGGAAGAGCAGAUUUGAAUAAUUUCACACUCGUGUGGGGAGGAAUCUCGUCCAGCCCUCUGCCUUACAAUGCAUCUGUGACCGAGAUGACAGCUGCACUGUUGGCCAUGGCAUCUGCUGAUUGUCCCAAGGAGCUGUUAAAUGUGGAAAAUUCUGCUGUUAAAUAUUUCAGAGACUAUGAGACUAGCAGUACAGGGUUUACAGGUGAUGUGAGCAUGAGAGGGACGAGGGUCUCUGACACUGAGGCCUUCUGUGGAUCCUGGUCUCUGAUGAACCCAAACAUUCUGUUUAAUUCAAAUGACGUGACUGUGUCUGGAGCAACAUAUGGGCCUGUGUCACUUCAGCAGUAUGGCACACUUUGCUUUGCAUACAAAGGUUACCCAAAGAAUGUAUUGGAAUUGGUGUUUACGUACCAGGGAACUUCAAGAGUUGUCUCCGAAAUUACCAAAGUAAUCUCAGUAUUGUUUGAACCAGGGGAUGUAUGGAAAUACAUGUGUGUCGAGCUUUUAUCUAGUCUGCAGAUAAGCUACCCGGGUAGUAACUACCAACUUCUUCAAGUACGUCUGUAUAAAGACACAGGGGAUUACUACAUAGACACAGUUCAGCUGGGGAGAACAGCCACUGUGAGCGAAACAAAUGUUGUUAUCAUGAAGAGAAGACCUCCAGCUCUGGCUGAUUCUGGUCGUUUCAUUCAGAGUCUCUCAGUGCAGAAACUGACCAAUUCAUCUGAUGUCAGCUACAAGAUCACUGCCUCUCCAUACCGCUGUGCCUUUGAUUUCCCUCUGCUAGAGAUCGGCUUCCUGCAGAAAAAUAACACUAGCAAGGACAUGCUAGUGUUGGUCCAGGACAAUGCCACUGUCACAGUGACACGCUUGCAAAGAGCCAGUCCUCCUCUCAAUGGUACCUUCAGUGUGGGGAUCUUCGGCCAGACAGUGAAAGAUCUGUCUGUGAACAUCAGUGCAGACGACCUGAAAUAUGCUCUGCAAGGAAUUCCAGACAUGGGCCUGCUGAGUGUAAAUAGUAUAGCGAGCUGUAAAGGCUCCCUUUGGGAAAUUAAUUGGCUCACCAAACCAGGACGCCAGCCCCUACUGCAGAUCAAUGACUCUGGUGUAGUAGGCGUGAACCCCUCUGUAAAAGCACAGGUUAAGCAGCAAGGAGGCCUUAUGAAGCAAAGCAUCAUGGGAGACUUUCUGCGCGUGCCUACAAAUAAAACACAGGUACAAGUUUUUAUCAAUGGCAUCCCGUCAGUGUGUUCAGGUGACUGUGGUUUUUCAUGGAAUGAAUCCAAGACCCCGAUUGUUACAGGAAUCUCCCCAACGCAAGGAGCCAGUGCUUUAGGAACAGUUCUCACCAUCUCAGGAUCAGGAUUUGUUGACGAAAAUGCUACAGUACAGAUCGGAAAUGUCCGGUGCUCAGUUAUCCAGGUUACGAAUACAUCACUAACCUGUGGCGUAGGCCCUGCGAGUGCUGGAUUGUACCCAAUCUCUGUGAGUUUCCCUACAUUGGGUAACGCUCGCUAUAAUGGUGACAACAUCUUCAACUUCACCUACCAACUGGGGGUGACCUCCAGCGCACCCACUGCAGGCAGUGUUACUGGAGGCACAAUCAUAACCGUUUCUGGCUAUGGAUUCAGCCAGGACACCACAGCCACUAUUGGGAGUGUUCAGUGUGAUGUAAUUGAUGUGAACCUCUACCAGCUCUUGUGCAGGGCUCCUGCUGGAUCAGAAGGAGAAAAUGCAGUGACUCUGCAAAUGGGAAACAUUCAGGUCACCUCUCCGAACUCUUUCACAUAUGACACCAACCUGACAGCCACAAUUACUGAAGUGAGCCCACAAACAACAACAGUGUUUGGACGCUGGGUUCUCACCAUUGUGGGGACAAACUUUGGUGAACAGAUCAAUGGCAGCUCAGUCCUCAUUGGCAGUGCAGCAUGUGAGGGGCAGCAGUGGGCAAGUACUAAGAUCACCUGCCUGUUACCCACACUUCCCCCUGGGCUGUAUGACAUCAAAGUUAUAGUGGGGAACCAGGGAUCUCCCUUAAUCCGUUCUGGUGUGAACGCCACUGUAGAGUACAUCUUACGUGUGACAGGCAUCUCCCCACAGUACGGCUCUCUGUAUGGAGGAACCACAGUAACCAUCACAGGUUCUGGAUUCAGCCCUCUUCUGCAAGACAAUCAAGUUACACUAGGUGACACACUCUGCAAUGUGACUGCUGCUUCAAACAAUCAGCUGGAGUGUGUGACCCAAAUGGAGAAGCAAACAUAUACUGUCACAAACCAAGGCAUUGACCCAACCUAUGGUCGGGGGUAUUCAUGGAGCCCAGCUACGGUGAUGGCGUCCGUAGGGGACACAGUGGUCUGGAGAUGGCAGGCUCCAGCCUUUGUUCAAGGCCUGGGUUACAGUGUGUUCAGCGUGGACAGUCCCAGCAGCACCAAGUUCGAUGGAGUGACCUUCAACAGUGGAAAUUCCAAAACAGCCAAUGGAUUCUACAGUUAUUGUUUCACAGCUCCUGGGGUGUACUAUUACAGCAGUGGCUAUAUCAACUCGGCAAACCAAAUUAGCAUGCAGGGCGUGGUGAACGUAAGACCAUUAGAGGAGAGAAGUACUGAGCUAAACCUCACUGUAGCAGGGUUUCAGGCCCUACAGUAUCAAGAUUCAACACGUCUGAGCAGAUCAGCAUCUAACUGCGUGGCCUCUCCUGAGUGCUCUGUCUCUAGCAGCCAACGCUUCAGUCUCUUCCGUUGUUCCAGCCCCAUUGUUAUCUCCAUCUCACCCAAUCAGGGCACGUAUCAUGACCCCAUCAUCAUCCAAGGCUUUGGCUUUAGCAGCAUCACCUGCGCCAUUGAGGUCCUGAUUGGAAGCACCUCAUGUCAAGUCACCAGCAGCACCUCCACUAUGAUUCAGUGCCACCUCAGCCCUGACAGUGGGGCACCUGUGGGCAUCCUUUUGCCUGUGCAAGUCAAGGUCAACAACCUGGGCAUUGCACUGCUCAGAAUACCGAGUGAAUCCGCACGACGUUUCGCAGUUAUGCCUGUGUUGGACUCAGUCUCACCAUCAAUGGGCAGCACGACCAGUUACACACGCCUCCUUCUCUCUGGCUCUGGUCUGACUGCAGGCACAGUCACAGUGGCUGGCUAUCCAUGUAACAUAGUGUCCAGAAAUUACACUCACAUCAUAUGCGACACAACUCCAUCCCCACCUCAAAAGGGAAAUGUUGUUGUUAAAGUGGGUGGAAUCACUUCACUCUGCAGCAGUGACUGUUCCUUUCAAUAUUCCUCCUCCCUGGUUCCAACGGUCUCUUCAAUCUCCCCCAACUCUAUUAGUGGAAACCAAACAACUGUCUUUGUAUCCGGAAGUGGCUUUGGCAGCCAACUUGAAGAUCUCAGGGUGUAUGCAGACAACAUCGUGUUGGAGGUUAAAGAAGUCACAGACAGCCAGCUCAGACUGCUGGUUGGCCCUCUGCCUGCGGGACCUCAUACCCUGAAAGUGAUUGUCAUGAGUAAAGGGUUAGCAUCUGGAAAUCUCACACUUACAAGCCAGGCACAAGCCAGUCUACAACCCAGCUCAGGCAGUCUAGCAGGAGGAACACUGCUAACAAUCACAGGCAACGGAUUUGCAGCAGGAAACACCAGUGUGAUGCUGGGACCAUACUCAUGCCCCAUAAUGACUCUAACUCCUGCCAUGGUGAAUUGUUUGACGCAUGCCUUUAAUGAAAUAGAAGUACAGGUCACUAUUAAAGUGUUUGGAGUGAUCUACCCACCGCUAAGCUUCAAUUAUACUCGCAGUCAAACUCCAAACAUCACCACGGUUAGCCCUCCAACAGGUCCCAAUGGAACGGCGAUCACAGUCUCAGGUUCUGGUUUUGGCUCGGUCGCUGGUCUUGUUUCUGUGCUAGUAGAUGGUGUGGCAUGUAAUAUAUUAUCCAUUACGGACACAAUGAUAGAGUGCACCGUGGGUGAACAUGCAGGAGGAACAUUCCCAGUUACACUGUAUCAUCAGGUCAAAGGUUAUGCUCUGACCCAGGCUAACUUCAGCUAUGCGCUGCAACUGACGCAAGUCGUGCCUAAUGAAGGAAGCUAUGGUGGAGGAGCAGUAGUAGCAGUCCAAGGCUCUGGGUUUGACCCUAACUCCUCUAGAGUUCUGAUCUGCAAUACAGAAUGCAGUAUCAACCAAAAUGCAUCAAGUGCUACAAAUCUGUACUGCAGAAUUCCAGCCAACAAUGGAACACAAGCAGAGCUGUCAUGCACAGUGGUAGUGCUGAAUAGCUAUGGAUCAGUCAACAUUACAAAUGGCUACACAUACAAAACUAGCCUGACACCUGUAAUCACGGAUGUGUCGCCUCGCAGAGGAGGAACAGCCGGAGGCACUUUGCUUACAGUCACUGGCUAUGGUUUCAGUGGAGGGAAUGUUAAUGUGACAAUCGCAGGGUCGGAGUGUGAUGUCCAGUCAGCCAGUGAAACACAGGUCAUGUGUGUGACCAGUGCCCAGCCUAGGUCCCAGCAGACCAAGGUCCUACUGUAUGUUGGAAACAGAGGAAUCGCCAAGAUGGAUCAUGCUGACUUCUUUUACAUUGAUGUGUGGUCAUCUCGUUACACGUGGGGAGGAGAGUCACCCCCUGAAGCAGGCACAUUUGCUGUGAUCACUAAAGGACAGACGAUUCUCCUGGAUGUCAGUACACCAGUAUUGAAGAUGCUUCUUAUCCAAGGUGGAAAGUUGAUCUUUGACGAAGCAGAUAUCGAGCUGCAGGCAGAGAACAUUCUCAUCACAGAUGGUGGAGCUCUUCAGAUUGGAACAGAGGACAAUCCGUUCCAGCACAAGGCCAUCAUCACCCUGCAUGGCCACCUUCGUUCUCCAGAACUACCUGUCUAUGGGGCUAAAACCCUGGGGGUCAGAGAGGGAGUGCUGGACUUGCAUGGUAUCCCUAUCCCUAUCACCUGGACUCGCCUUGCCCAAACUGCUAACAAUGGUUCCAUUACUCUCACUUUGAUGGACGCAGUUACCUGGAAAGAAGGAGACGAAGUUGUCAUCGCCUCAACAGGUGGCAGGCACAGCCAGCAGCAGAAUGAAGUGAGGAAAAUUGCAUUAGUGUCACCUGAUGGUCGAACCUUAACACUGACCAGUCCUCUGAAUUACACCCACCUUGGGCUAGCCAUCACAUUACCUGAUGGCACUGUAUUCGAGGCAAGGGCUGAGAUUGGCGUGCUCACCAGGAACAUUGUUGUCCGUGGCUCCAUUAAUGCAGAAUGGAGCGACACUAUCCCGGCCUGUCCAGAUGGGUUUGAUACAGGGGAGUUUGCCACCCAGACUUGUUUCCAAGGGAAAUUUGGGGAAGAAACUGGAAGUGAUGAGUUUGGUGGCUGCAUUAUGUUCCAUGCACCUCGGCCUGGUGAAAACCUGGCUAUAGGAAGAAUUGAAUAUGUCGAGAUAUUCAAUGCUGGCCAGGCCUAUCGACUGGGUCGCUACCCCAUCCACUGGCACCUGAUGGGAGACAUUAACUUCAAGUCUUACGUUCGUGGCUGUGGCAUCCACCAGACCUACAACCGUGCAGUCACCAUCCACAACACGCACAGGCUGCUGGUGGAACAUAAUGUCAUCUACAACAUCAUGGGAGGAGCCUUCUUCAUUGAGGAUGGCAUUGAGACUGGCAAUAUCUUGCAGUACAACCUGGCCGUGUUUGUUCGUCAGAGCACCAGCUUAUUGAACGAUGACGUGACACCAGCUGGCUACUGGGUCACCAACCCUAACAAUACCAUCAGGCACAACGCAGCCGCUGGAGGAACGCACUUCGGCUUCUGGUACCGAAUGCAUGACCAUCCAGAUGGCGCAUCCUACGACGGUAACGUCUGCCAGAAGAUGGUGCCUCUGGGUGAGUUUUAUAACAAUACAGCCCACUCACAAGGCUGGUUUGGCCUGUGGAUAUUCCAGGAGUUCUUUCCCAAGAACGGAGGAAAGUGCUACUCUUAUAUACCUGAGCCAGCCGUGUUCCGCAAACUCACAUCCUGGAACAACGAGAAAGGAGCAGAGUGGGUGAACGUAGGCGCUGUGCAAUUCAACGACUUUCUCAUGGUGAACAAUGAGGUGGCAGGAGUGGAGACCAAGCGCAUCAUCCAGCAACACGUGAGCGGAUGGGGGCUAGCCAGCGGUGCUGGACUGGUCAACAGCACGUUAGUAGGUCAUGCAGACGAGCUUGGCCUGGGUGAAGACUACUGUACCACUCGUGGGAUUGUCUUGCCCCUGGAUGAUGGCAUGAGUGUCCUUAACACCAAAUUUAUUAACUUUGACCGGCCAAGAUGUGCUGCAGUUGGGGUGACCACUAUACAAGGAACCAGUGGCACCUACUCUGGGGGCUUUGCUGUCAAAUUCAGUGGAAUCAAAUAUUAUCAGUCACCCAACAAGGCUACCUUUAGAUGGGAACAUGAAAUUGUUCUGGUGGAUGUUGAUGGAUCACUGACAGGUAAUCCUGACUACAAGGUAGUGCCAAAGAGUAACCUGCUGGAUCCAGUCCACUGUUCUGACAACGCUUCAUGGAGCUUCGGCUUCCCUGGUACAGUGUGUGACAACACCGUAAGCUUCCACCGACUGGGCAUUUAUUACCCAUUACCCUUCUCGCUCUGGUUUAAGGAUCUCAUACUCACCAAUAAUUAUGGGUCAAGCGUUGUUCCCUUUGCUGAUAAACUGAUUACCCAUCAGUAUGGUUGGAUGGCUCUGCUUCCAACUGACAAAACCUACAACUGUUACUUUCGCAAUGCUUUACAAUUGAGCAACAUCUCAUAUAAUGCAGUGUUCUAUGGCUUCAAGUCUCAGGAUUAUGUGAUUAUAAAUCACAAUCUGACUCAGAAUCCUGACCAGGUGUCUGUGGUGGACAGUAGAAACGGUUCAGCUAAUCCCCUGAAUCCUAGUGUGAAUAUAAAUGGAGACUGGUACAUGAACAAAUCAUCCAACAACAUCUACUACAUUGUGUCUAGCAAAACAACUGCUGCUAACAGAAAGCGGAGGAACAGCGUGGACAGAUCAACCAAAGACAUUUCAGUGGCAUUCAAAGUUUAUAACUGCUUCUUCCCCAACUGUAUCCCACCACCGCCAGUCACCAUCAUGCCACUGCCCAGCGGCCAACCUACCAACUUCACGUUUUCAGGGUGUGUUACGAAACAAGUCUGGAACAAGAAUGCUUGGUCCAAUCAGUCAUUUUGGCGGUCAUCUGCAGAGAACAACUUCAUCGUACCACAAGAAGGUGCCAAUGUUGUCAUCCCCUCAGGCAGUUGGGUUGUUUUAGACAUCCCUAUUCCACCCUUAAAUAAGCUCACGGUGAUGGGAGUCCUGGAAAUUCCAGACAACAUAACCAUCAUGUCCAACCGCACUAACAGCAGUCUUCCACAGAAUAGCAGCAUUGUCAUUAAUGCUACUUACAUCUCCAUCCUGGGAGGCUGUUUGAUUGCUGGAUGGCCUGACAAGCCCUUCAGCGGACAACUGCAAAUCAUUCUGAGGGGAAACCAUCGCACGCCUGAAUUGCGUCUGCCUGAUGGACAAACCCAAGGAUCUAAAGUUCUGGGUGUGUUUGGUGGUCUUGACCUCUAUGGAAUGCCACACAGAGUUUAUCACACUAAACUUGGCAGCACUGCUAUGGCUGGAUCCAACUCUCUAUCACUUCAAGAGCCUGUAGACUGGCAAGUAGGGGAUGAAAUCGUGCUGUCCACCACCAGUUAUGAUCCAUGGCAGACAGAGACUCGCACUAUAUCAGCAGUCUCCAACAAUGGCCUUACAUUGACCGUGGAUCAGCCACUCACUUACACACACAUUGCGGAGAACUACACGGUGCCAGGAACAUCCCAGACCUACAGGCUGGCUGGUGACGUGGGUCUGCUGAGCAGGAACAUUAAGAUCAUUGGGGGAGAUUACCCAGACCUUUACACUGAGUCAUUUGGCGCCAGAGUGUUAGUGGGAUCCGUCUCCGUCGGAGGAAUCGACUACACAGGAAAGGCCCAGAUUAGGGAUGUGGAGUUUUACCACACAGGUCAGGAAGGAUGGACAGACAACACCGAUCCUCGCUAUUCUGUGGCUUUUCUCAACCUGGGAGUGGUGAGUCAGAAUGAUUCUUACAUUAAAGGAUGUGCAUUUCACCACGGCUUUUCUCCCGCUAUCGGCAUCUUUGGAACAGAUGGACUGACUGUUGAUGACAAUGUCAUUCAUCACACUGUAGGAGAAGGAAUCAGGGUGUGGGGCAAUAACAUCACCGUUAGGAGGAAUCUGGUUACACUGACACUCUGGCCAGGAGCAUACAAUGGAAGACAAGAGACCAUGAAUAUAAACUGGCCUGCAGCUAUUGAGGCAAACACUGGCACUAAUGUAGUUCUUCAGGGGAACAUUGUUGCUGGUUAUGAAAGAGUGGGAUUUCGAAUCAGUGGAGAACCAUGUCCAGGAUCUUUGAAUCUAGUGGCUCAAUGGCAGCAGAACGAGGCUCACGGCGGUCUCUUUGGAGUCUAUAUGAAUAAAGAUGGACUCGCUGGCUGUUCUCAAAUCCGGGGAUUUGCCGUUUGGAAAAGUUUCGAUUAUGGCAUUUACUUCCAGGUGUACAUGAGUGUCAUUGUUUCGAAUGUGACCCUUGUUGACAAUGGUAUGGGCAUCAUGCCAUUAAUCUAUGAGCCCCCGUCAGUCAGUCAUGAAUACUCAAAUAAAACUGUCCUAAUCCAGAAUUCCUUAAUUGUUGGCAGUAGCCCCAACUUCAACUGCACUGACACUCUGUCUACAAAGGUUCGCAACAUCGCUCUCAGUGCAGGACACAGGGCACCCCGGCCUCUUAAUGGUGGCAGGUCUGGAAUAUCUUGGCCAACAUUUGAAUCUGGUCACAAUGGUGCUCCAAUGAAUCCCCAUGAUGGACUCAUGAGCUACAACGCGAUUAGUGGACUAAUGACUGUCACAAAUACUACAUUUGUUGGGUUUAGGAAUGUAUGCUCAAGUGAAACGAAUUACAUGUUUAUCACAAUUCCAAACAAUGAGGACCUGCAACACCCUAUCAGUGUUCAGAAUAUCACUAAGAGUAACAGCACAGAGGGGGCUCUAGUGUUCAUUCAUCAUCCAAAUCUGGGCAAAGUUAACCCUUCUGACUGUGUGGAUAUGGAUUGUGAUGCCAAGAAGAAGAGCAUGCUGAAGGACCUGGAUGGUAGUUUCCUGGGAGCAGUGGGGUCGGUGAUUCCUUUGUCUGAGUAUGAGUGGAAUGGGGAUCCCCGACACGGGUUGGGAGACUAUCGCAUCCCCAAAGUCAUGCUCACUUACCUCAAUGGCAGCCGUAUCCCUGUGCGUAACAUAGCCCCAUACAAAGGUGUGAUUCGGGACUCGACCUGCAUGUUUAUGAGCACCUGGCAGGCCUACAAGUGCUUUGGAAUGAACUACAGGAUGCUGGUGAUUGAGAGUCUGGAUUCAGACACUGAAACCAGACGUCUGUCCCCUGUAGCUGUGCUGGGAGAUGGCUAUGUAGACCUGCUGAAUGGCCCACAGGACCAUGGCUGGUGUGCUGGCUAUACAUGUCAAAAGAGAGUGUCUCUCUUCCACAGCAUUGUAGCCACAAACAAAUCCUUUGACAUCUUUUUCACUGGUGUGUCCCCCCAAAAACUAAGGCUCAUGAUGCUCAAUGCUGCACCCACUGAGACCGUCAAAGUGGCUGUGUUUUACUCAAAACCUCAGCGUUUGGAUGUCUAUGUGAAUGCUCAACUGGUUGCUCCAAACAACGCUCAGUGGAAUACGAACAAAAACGACUACACCUUGCUUAAACCUGCCUAUCCUGAACAAUACAUCCCCACACUUAACGGUACGCACGGCUCCAAUUUCUUCGACCCUGAUUACAAAAUGCUGCACGUCCUCCUGCGAGGCUCUACCCCUGUCCAGAUCACCACGGCUUCAGUGCUGUUCAUCUCCUUCAACCUCCCAGCCAUGACAGAGGAAGAGUUCUUUGGGGACCAACUAGUCAACAACCUGGCUUUGUUCUUGAAGGUUCCUCCCAGCAUGAUCCGCAUCACCAAAAUUGUGCGGGAGGGUGGCGGGGCACGAAGGCGGAGAAGCGCCACUGGGUUAACCGUGGAGGUGGAGAUCAAACAACCUCCCACCAACCAGAUGUCUGCCAAUAGCACAAGUGACUCAGAUCUGUUCACGGUGUUGAAGACGGCUGCUGACACUCUGGGUCAGGCUGCUAUCUCUGGCAAUCUGAGUCAGUCCAUCGGCUUCAACGUGAGCUCAGUGGGUAUCGUUCUUCCAUCUCCACCAGCUAGUGACCCAUCCUGGAGCCAGGUGGCGAAUCAGGAGGUGACACGUGAGGAUCCAUCAGUGCAGAGAGCGAGCAGUGUGUCUACUCUGAAGGUGGUGGUGGAGCCAGUGGCGGGGCUUUACCCUGGAGCCCUCAGUGUACAGCCUGUAAUCAUGGCCCUGGACCAGCAGGGUGAUUGUGUAUCAGUUGGGGUGACAUCUCUAAUGAUUUCAGCCAUGCUUAAAGAUGCUCAGGGAAACCCAGCAGGUGGUUUGUAUGGAAACACAACCAUCCCCUUUCAAAACUGCUGGGCAAACUACACUGACCUGGCCAUCAAUACCACCGGGAUGAACAUGACACUGUUUUUCACUCUGAAUGAAUGGAAAACACAGUCAAGAUCCUUCACUGUCAACUCUCUAGCCACAGAUUCCACCACAAAAUCCGCCACAGUGAUGGCGGAUUUCACCACAAAAUCCGCCACAGUGAUGGCCACCACUCAGAACCAUAAAAGCAUCUUUGACUCCAGUCGUGCCUUCACAACACACACUGUGUAUAUAAUAAUGCUACUGAGUGUUCUGCAUCUAAUCUACUUAGUGGUUUAAGAGAACAAAUGAUACAAAUACUUACCUCUGUGAUAAAUGUCUUGAUGACAACUAUUCUUUAACAAAAUUCAAGGCAUUUAUUUCCUUUUCAUCCUUUUCAUGCAUUGCUACAUACACUGAAAUUUCAUUCAUAUGUUGCCAUAAAGCAAUCAUAGAUAACCAUGAUCAACUCCUGUGGGCUACACUACACUUAACUCAUUAAUGUAUCAUUUAAUUUCCAUAGAACUCUGUCACAGUGUGUAUAUAUAUAUAUAUAUAUAUACAUAUAUAGUGUGUUUGUGUGUGUGUGUAUAUGUGACAUUUUUAUUAAACAUAAAUAUGGAUAUUCUGUUGGUUUUCCUAUGUAUUAAACAUUUGAUUACAUAUAAUUAUCUUAUAUUAUAAUUACUACACAUGUAUAUUCAUGUUUUUUUUUUCUUUUCUUAUUCAUUGUAUUAGGGAACUUCAUUUAGAAUUAGCAC